UCUUUUGUGCGUCUACUUUAUCGUUUCAUUUUAAUUUUUCUUCUACUGUUUCUCUGUCGUCGAUUAUUUUGACAACUAGUGUUUGUGUGUGUCUGUCUACCAAAAAAAACAGAAAAAAGUAACACGGGAGAAAGGAUUUUUUGUUUUUAUUUAACUAGAAAAGAAAUUUUUAUAAAAAUUUUAUUUUUAAAAUAGAAAAAAAAAGUUAAAAGUGUUAAAUAAUUGCAAAUAUUUAUAAGAAAGUUAAAAAAGUAAAUUUGGGGCUUGAAUGUUACGAAAAAAAAUCAAACCGAAAAAAGCAAAAAAAUAGAGUGAAUCGUUGAAUGUCUUGUGCUGUUGGGCCGUGUUUGUUUGUUGGUGUCUUGCAGUCAUCAGCAUUAACGUUGUAGUUAGACGACGUCGUCCAAUUUGAAAAUAGAAAAGUUUGCUAAAGGCCCCAUGAAGUGGCAAGAAGAAAUUAAAUACACAAAAUCGAAAAGAAAUAAAUAAAAUUAAAUUUGAGGUGUAAAAAUAACAGCAAGACAAUACAACAGCAACAAAAACAUCAGUGAAGUGUAAUAAAAAUCCCCAAUCAAUUGCUCCACUCCGCUUCGACAAAAGUGUAGAAAUUCUUGAGCUAAUUUGGUUCGUACAACGAAACCAAAAAAUAUCUAAAUGUGGCAUUAUAAAUAAAGAAAUAAAUACAAAAAACAAGAAGAAAAAAAUCCAAUAGCUAAAAGCGGAAAUUCUAAAAAAGUAACAAGCCAGCAAUUGAUUUGUAUUGGAAGAAAUUGAAUAAAGAAAGAAAAAAAAAAUAAAUUAAAAAUCUCAAUUUCAAAUCAAAACAAGCAAAAGAGCAAAGUAAAGUAAAUUAAAGAAUAGAAUAGAGUAGUAAAUCCAAGUGGUUAAGUAAGUAAGUGAGUGAGUGUAUUGUGAGUGAAUGACUAAGUAGUGGCCUAAAAGAUCAGUUAAUGGUAAAAAAGCAAAUAGAAAAAAAUAAAACAAUAAAAAUAAACACAAACAAAACAAAAAAAUUAUACAUAUUAUUAUAAAAGUGGUAGUAGGAAGACAUCAUCCAUCACUUUGUACAUUGAUCCACUGUUUGCUGAAAAAAAAAACUAAACUAAAUUCAACGAACCCCAAAACAACAACAACAACAACUAUACAACAGCAGCAGUAGCAAAAAUUAAAAAAGUGGCUAAAAUAAAGUGAUGGCAUUAGCGCGUAAAUUAACCGAAAGAAUAUAUGAGAUAAAAGCGCAUAAUGGCAAUGUUACUUGUCUGGAUGUUGGUGAAACGGGUCGUGUUUUAGUUACGGGUGGUCAAGAUCGUAAUGUUAAUUUAUGGGCCAUAGGACAAACAGAAUGUUUUAUGUCACUAACCGGUCACAAUCGACCCAUAGAUUGUGUACGUUUUGCAUACAAUGAUGAUUUUGUAUAUUCUGCCGAUGAUAUAGGCAUUAUAAGACGUUGGGAUUUAAAUGCCCAAACAAUAUGUUCCACAUUAAAUGGUCAUAUGAAAAGUGUGCGAACAUUGGAUUUUAAUCCAUCCGGAGAGUAUGUAGUUUCGGGCAGUAAUGAUACAACAGUAAGACUCUGGGACGUUCGCAAUCAAAACAGUUGCAUGAAAAUCUAUCGUGGUCAUAUAUCACAUGUUAACUCUGUGAAAUUUUCACCAGAUGGCCUUUGGAUUGCCUCGGCUGGCACCGAAGGUUCUGUCAUCAUUUGGGAUAUACGCAAGAGUAAACAGAUUAUGGAAUUUUGUGAUCAACCAGCUGGUGCUGCUAUAACCUGCAUACAAUUUCAUCCAUUUGAAUUUUUACUGGCUGUCGGUCGUGUUGAUGGCACCGUCUGUAUAUAUGAUUUGGAAACAAAAUCGCGUAUAACACAAACAGAUUCGACUAGUUUAUUUUAUCGUCAUCCCAUUAAAUGUAUAACAUUUAGUGAAAAUGGCGAGUGUUUGUUUGUGGGCACAGCAGCUGCUAUUUCAGUAAUUGGUUGGGAACCAGAUCGAGAAUUUGAUCAUAUUAAAUCAGCUUGGACAGCAUUGGGUGAUAUGAAAAUUGUCAACAGAAGAUUGAUUUGUGGCUCCUUUGAACAGGAAUACGUUAGUAUUGAUGCUCUCAGUGUUAACCGCGUAUUUCCCUUUUACAAUCCAUCUAACAAUACCGCCCCCGCCUUUAAUCACAACUCAACCACACGAAAAAGUUUUUCGCGAGGCAAUCAAAAGUUAAGACUUUCGAUUGGUGGUCCAAAACCGUCCAGAUUGGUGGAAGAAAAUGAAGAUAAUCGUAGUCCGAGUUUAGAUGGUCAUUCGUCGCCAAAUCUCAGCUUAGAAUUGGUUGAUGAAUCUGCCAUAGAUCCAGCAAUGCAAACACCCACACUACCGUCCGUCUCCACACAUCCCCUCAAUGGUCAUGGAGGCAAUUCAAUAAAUAUAACCCUAACAGAUUUUGAAACAAGCUAUACGUCAAUGGGAGGAAGUAGUAGUGGUGUUAAUGUCCCCUUGAAAAAACUAUCAUCAUCACCUUAUCAUUUUCCCAAUAUAGCUUCAAGCACCGCGUAUUCAUCAUUUGGUGGUAGUAGUUUGGGGGCUUUAAAUUUUGAUGGUCCCAGCUCAUUGAAAAUGCCCGGUGAACGGGGGGAUAUAUAUCAAUAUGAACGUUUUGUAGAUCCUUUUAAUCAGGAUUCCGAAAUAAAUUUCAAUGAAAGUUUCCCGCCUGUUAUAACAAAUUACGAUAAUACCGAAAUGGUUGAAGAUUUUCCAGUCAAUACAAAUCUUCAUCAACCGCCCGGUUCGACAGGCCCCGCAAAUGGCACCAGCAAUUCGGUGAGUUCAACAACCAGUUCGUCGAAUUUCGCCCAUCCGCCUCCGAAGACAGCUAAACCAAAAACAACAUCGCACAUUACAAAACGCACUACCCAGGUAACGAGCGGUGGUGGUGGUGUUAAGAACAGUGUUUCCUCCACCUUUCAACAACGCAAUAAACUAUCGCAAGUAUCAUCCGUCAGCACAACUGAAUUGCACAAAAUGGAUGAUAAUAUGCUUAUUAAGAAAUCCGCUUCAUCACAUAUUGUUGUAAAUAAAAAUAAGGCACAUGUGAAUAAAGAGAAUGCACGUAAUAAAAAUAUCACUGUGCAAAUAAUAACUAAACCUCCUACACGUUCACGUACUUCGUUGGAAUUGAGAUCACCGCAAAAGCAAGCACAGCAAUCGGCGGCACAAAGACAGACACAAAUUCCUAUUAGUUAUCGUCCAGAUCCGUCUUUACUCAGUCAAUCGGGUAUGAAUCAAAAAAGCUUUAAUAAUAGUCGUCAUGGUAUUGAUGAUAAUGUACCAGAAAUAGAAAUGUUAUCAGCAACACAUGAACAAGUUUAUCAGGAAUUAAGUAAUCGCAAUGCAACUUUACAAAUUAUACGAAAUUCAACAAGAUCUCAUGAUGUUCUUGCUGCCCUUAGGCAGGCCAUUAAAAUGGGUCGCACAGUUUUUGUGGAUCUAUUAGGAGCAAUAUUAGAAAAAACAUCGUCCUGGAAUUUAGAUUUAUGUAUUUUAAUAUUACCCGAAAUUUAUGAAUUGCUGCAAAGUCAACAUAAAUUUCACUAUACACGUGCUUGUGAUACGCUACGUGUUAUACUCUCAAAUUUCUUGCCAAUUAUUCAGGAUAAUCUUGAUCCCUGGGUCAAUGGUUUGGGUGUGGAUGUUACACGCGAAGAACGCCAUCGUAAAUGUUUAGAAUGUCAACGAUGGCUUUUGCAAAUACGAAAUUUACCCGAAAGCAAUCAUUUUGGUACCACCCUCAGCCAAUUGCAAAAUAUGAUUGUUAAUAUUUAAGAAAUAAUAAGUACACAGGUCUUAUACAAUUUUUAUGUUUAAUAGUUAACCUUUUUACUUAUAUUCUCUUAAUACAUUUAUUUAUUAAUGUUUUUUUCUUUAUUAUUUUUUUUUUUGAUUAUCUUUGUUUCUAAUUUUUAUUUUAUUAUAUAAUUUUAAUUUUGUUUUUUCUUUAUUUUUUUUGUGUGUAACUAAAUUUUUGUUUUUCUGUUUUUUAAUUUAUUAAAAAAACACUCCUUAUUUGUAAUUAUAACACAAAAAAUCAUUGUUUAUAAAGUGAAAAAAUUAAACUUAUUAAAAAAUUAACAUGUUUUUUUUUGCAUUGCUUUUCCUUUUUGGUUCGAAAUUGGUUUUAGCAGCUGCAGGCAGCACCUUUACAUUUUGUUCUUUUUUUAUUAUCAAUUAUUAGUUUAUUAAUUUUAUUAAUUUUAAAUUUCACCUAAAUUUAUGUGAAUUUGAAUUUAAAGUAUUUUAACACCAAUUAAAUUUGUAUUUUUAAUUAGUAUAUUUAAUUUUUUGAUUCUGUUUUGUAAUGUAUGUAGUCCUGUGUGCAUGUGGCCGUUUUGUAUUAAUACAAUUUAAUUUUAGAAUGAUUUUGGUAUGUGAGUGUGUGAUUUUAAUUUAUGUUUUUUUAUUUAAUAACAUUUACAUCAUCUUAUUUACUUUUCCUUUUUUCAUAACUAGAGUUGUAAAAAUUCAGAUAUUUGUAGGGAAAAUAUUUUAUGAAUAUGAAAAAUAGCAACAUUCAUAGAUAGAACAAGAAAAAAGUCAAUUUAGUGAAAUUUUUCUAAGAGUUUGUUUGAAAGUUAAUUCUAUUCUUCAAUAUUUUUGGGGAUAAUUGUCAUAUCAUCACAACUUUUUACUAAUGAAAAAACUAAUUUUUUUUCUAAAUAAUUUUUACUAAACGUUUUAUUAAUAUCUACUACAGAAAUUAGGUUUCUGUUCGAAGAAUAUUUUUCGGAUUCAAAAGAUUUUUUUCUAGAAAAAAUUUCGGUAAUCUGAAAUUAUCCUCUAAGUUUUCGAAAUAUUUUCUUGUUGAAAAUUUCUUUACUUUGGAAGAUAUUUUCUAAAGAAAAUUAUUUAAAAAGUUUACUUACCUUUUUAAUUUAUUAUUUAACUAGUUGAUACCUCUUCAUUUUGGUACCAAACUACUUUAAUCGGUUUAGCGUUAACCAUUGAUUCAAAUAUAAAACUAAUACGUCAUUUAUCGGACACAUUUAACACUUUACAGGAGUUUAACUAACCUUACCUAUAACUCGCCACCCCUGAAAUAUAUUUUUGAUUUUUACUCCUAUUAAUUAGCUUCAAGUUUGAAUCAUAUAAUACUCCAGCAUGCUUGCACAAUGUUAAUUUGGUACAAUCACAAAAAUAUCACACAAUCAAUUGAUACAAUCGUACCACAAGCUCACUCGAGUCCAAUUGGUUGGUGUUGUGUAUGGGCCCGUUUAGUUUUGAGUUUAUCAAUAACCAACAAACAUUACUCUUUGAAUAAUAGAUUUUGUACUAUUUAUCAGGAAUUUGAAUGUUAGUUUGUUCAAUAAAAGUCGUGGAACUACUCCCUUGUAAACAUUAUUGGGGUACAAGAUCCGUUUAGUAGUCCUAUGUAUUGUUGACCAGGAUCAUGUUUAUUUUUUUAACAUAGGAUCAUGUACUCCCAUAACUUUAGUUUUGGGAUUAAUGGGAUGCAUGGAUGGAUUAAGUGGCAAUCACCUAGAACAUCACAAUGUUAAAUGCAGUAUGUUUUUGUACAUAUAUUCGGAUUAGCUUUGGACCAGUCCUAGUCUUUGAGGAAUACUCUUCACACACAUGUGUAAAUCUUUGUAUAGAAAGCUGACUUUGUUUUCCAAAGUACUCGUCCAGUAAACAGUUUAAGAGUUUUAAUGGUUUCCAUCAGCGUAUAAUCUGAGUAUUUUAUGACGUCCACCGGUCAAAACUUUACUUCACUUUGAGAUAAAAUGAAUACUAGCGGUUAUUGUAGACAACGUACAUAUAACAAGAAAUUGUUUUUCGAUGUCAUAUAUUAUACCAUUCGUGAGACGCAAAACAGUCGAGGUAACGACGAUGACGCCCUAACUUGUUUUAAACUCAGACCUGUAUGUAUACAACUGUGGGAUGAUAGUGCAAUUGUCGUAGGAACGACAGUGAAUUGUGAAAAUUAAAUUAUUACAAAAUAACAAAACCAAUUUCUUCAAUCUUCAAAACCUCUUGUCAAAUUGUCUGAUACUCAAAAUACUGUUGCGAGUCCAGGAUCAAAAGAAAAUUUAUCGACUUCAAAACUUUGAGUGAAAUAAAAAACAAAUCCGCACAAAUCUGGCAUAAGUAGAAACUGUUUAGCCUUUAAAGACUUUUGAACAUAAAUUUGAUUUUUUGAUAUUUUUGAGGAUCAUGAGCUAAACAAAAAUUACUACGAAAUUCGAUUUUAAUUUCAUAUUGUCGAAUAUAAAACUAAAACUAUUUUACAAAGUGACUAAUAAAACUAAUUAACUAACAUUGCUAAAAGCUUGUAAAACUCGCACAAGUUUUAAGUUUCCGAAACAUUUAAGUUUGAAAUGGAUUUUGUGAUAAAUAGUAAGAAUCGAAUCCCCAAAUCAUUAAAAAUAUGAAACGUACAUAAAUUGUAUGACGAUUGACUUUCUGUUAGGACAAGCACAUGUUAAAAUAGCUAGUCAACUAGGUAGUCGGUGGCUAGGAUAACCUUAAGUGGAAGGUUAAACGGCUAGUUCUGAACAAAUAAAAAUUUUGAAAAACUAAAGCUAAAAUCCUAUAAAAAUUAAAUAUUUUUCAAGAAAAUUUCUUAUAUUUGGGCAAAUUAAAUUUCAUUCUUGUCUGAAGCAGGCAGUCUUUAGUGAUAAAUUUUUUUCCUAAAUAUUUCAAAUUUUUACAACUCUAAUUUGUAUUGCUGUUUUAUUACAACUCAAAUUACAUAAAAAAAUCAUAAUAAUCGAGAUUUUAAAUGGAUUUUAUUGAAAUUAUUAUUCAACUGCCAAAUUUAUAAUCAUAUUUUCUUCUUUUUAAUUUAAUUUUUAUUAUAAUAAAAACCAUCAAGCCAAUCAAUCAACCCAUACAAACUGAUCUUCCAUUAAAAAAAAACAUUCAAAUUUUUACACUUAAACAAAAAAUUUUACUCAAAUAUAAAGUAUUUGGUUUAUUUUUAUUUAACCACUUUGUUGUUAACAAAUUAAUAAAACUUUAACAAAUGAAUUUAAUAGCAUUCCCCCUCUUCAACGUUUCUGUUUUGUUUUCCUUAACUAAUAUUUGCAUAAAGUGCCUUUUUAUAAAAUGCAAACAUUAAAAAAAAAACUAUAAACAAAUAGUAUUUUAUGUUAAAAGCCCUUUAUUGUUUUUAAAUUAUUUUUAAUUUGCUUUUUUUUCACUCAUUAACCGAUUAAAAGGAAUUGUAGGUAUUAAGAAGAAAUAAACCCCUAGAGACUGUAGCAAUGAAAAGUUUUUAAAAACAAUUUGAUUCAAAUUUAAAGAAACAAAAAAUUAAAUUUAUGACAAUGAUUGAAUGUGAAAAUUGGUUGUAAAUCAUACUUAUAGAAAACAAAGAAAUUAAUGAAAAAAAUAUUAACCCUGAAAGAACAAAAGAAAUUUUAAACCGUCUUGCUGUAAAUAACAUUUACAAAGGAAAUACAUAAAUGAAAAUGUUUUAACAUAAAUAAAGUAUAUAAUAUAAAAAAAUAAAUAUUUUUGCACUUAAUAUAUAAUAACAAAGAAAUAAAAUUACUUAUAAUUAAAACACUAAGAAAUAAUUAGAAAUUCGAUAUUAAAGCUUUUUCGAAAUUCAAAACAAAUAAAGAAAAACAAACCUACUACCACCAAACAAAUAAACCAACAACACUUUUUUGAACUGUUUUUUUUUUUUAUUAAUAAAAUAUUAAUAAUCACAUAUCACUAUAAGUAUGUAUAUUUCAGUUUAAAACCAUAAAAAAAUAAAACAAAAUAUACAAUUUAGUUUCUUAUCAUCAUAUUAAACACAUUAACUAAAACACAAAGCAAUAGUAAUAUGUAUGUAUUUGUUAACUUUAAAUUAAUAACAAAUAACACUCUUUUAAAGCAAUAAUGAUUUUAUUUCUUUUUUAUCAUCUACAAAAAAAAAAAAAAGAAAGAGAAUAUUAAUAAUAAAUCGCCACAAAAAAUUUAGUCAAAAACAAACAACAUUUUAAAGUUUAAACUUUUGUUAAAAUUUGUGUUUUCUUUUACGAAACAUAAAACUAAAGUAUAUAAAACUAAUUUAAUUAUGUCUAAGCUCUAAUAUUUAUGCAUUUCAAUUUAUAAUUAUAUAAAAACAACAACACUAACAUUAUAUUCAACUCUCUCUCUCUUUCACUCUUCAUCACUUACUUCCUGUUCUUUACAUUUUAUAUUUACACUCAUACCUAUUUAAAGUAAACAAUACAACAAAAAAAUUGUACUUAAUCCUAUCGAAGGAAAAAAAAAACUAAAGUUUUCAUAAUUAGUUUUAAUUAAGUCCUUUAAUUCUAUUAAAGCUUAAUUUACUUUAUAAGUUUCAAUUGAAAAAAAAACUUAGUUUUAAAAUGUCUUUGUAGUUUUAUCUUAAAAAAUCCUAAAAAAUAAACUUUUAAUUUAAUUUUUAGUUAUUUAAAUGCUAAUUAAUUAUCUGUAUGUAAUAACGUUUUAUUUUAUAUUUUUAAACAAACAUGUACUGUCAUAACAAAUAAUUAAUAAUAUUUAAUAAAAAGAAACAAUUAAAAC